CCGUCGCGCGUCCUCCUCCCUCUACUUCACCUCGUCAUUAUUUCCCCGACUGUCACUCAAGUCGAUUCCCUUCAGACUUGCUCACCUACUAGCUCCGACGGUACUUUUCCGUCUGUAGCUAGUGUGGCCUUUUCUUGUCACUUUUACCCUUUUACCUUUUUUUUCUUCUUUUCUUCCCUUCUCAAAACAAACACCUGUGCUCACCUGCGCGUCGACAUCGUCCUUCCAAUUCUACGCAACGUUGUCGCUUUCUACUAGGCUUGCGCGCUGCAGUUCUCUUCUUCGCGAAAUCUUCAUUCACACGGAGCUCUAAUUAUCGUCGUUCUUACGAUCUUCUUCCGAGCCUUCCAACCUUCGAUCGCAGACGUCCUUCGAACCGAAUGACUCCCUAAUCUAAAGCAUCAUCACUCAGCAAGAUGUUCGGAGGUUUCGGACAGAAUAACCAGCAAAGCUCCGGCUUCGGGGCAGGCUCUGGCUUCGGUGGCACGAGUACUGGUGGAGGCUUUGGAUCGACAUCGUCCCCCUUUGGUGGCGGUAAUACAUCCGGUGGUGGCUUGUUUGGAAACACCUCCAGUAGCUUUGGUUCCGGUGGAGGUACGUGCCUGACGGCUAUAUCUCAGUGGGCUUGGCGAUCCUUUCUCUUCCACCUGUGCCUUGGGGCGGACCCCUCGACUUUCCUGUGCUCGAUCACCGAUUUGUGACCGAAGUGGCGUUUUCGAGGACCCUCACCACUGGCUCCUAAGGCAACAAGUCUCUGGAUUGGAAGAAUGCCUUCACAUCAAAUGUCGUCCAUUGACCGCCGGAGAUCCAUGGCCCAAGGAUGGAUUCUAAUCAGAAGUUCCAGGAUCUGUCUAUUGUUGUGAUUUAUUAGCGAA